AUGAAUAGAUCGAACAAUUACGUUCGUACAGCUCAAGUAACAACAAAUGAAAUAGGUAUGAAUGAUCAACACCAGAUGGAUGGCCGACAUCAGCAAUUUUAUUCUCAACCAGCAGUGUAUGUAGAUGACAACGAUAUGGAACAACGAGAAGGUCUUCUUCAUUCAUUAGAACAAAAUCCGCACAUGCUGCGGGAUUUCUAUCAAUUUAUCGAAUUUACACGAGCUCGUAGUGCUCAACCAUCUGUUCAGCAGAUGUGCUAUGGGCAAAGUAUACUAGAUCAACAGCCGAUUCCUUCUAUUUUAAAUGUUAAGACAAAUAUUCAGCAUAAUUCAUCAACUCCGAAACGUGGUCGACCUCUUAACGACAGUGGAGGUUCCAUCAGUUCUGCACCGAAACAACAUAAAUCAAGCAAAGGUACCCGCAUGCAAAUGGAAGAUACGGCAGUAAUUAAUCAACAACAACGAAAAUCGCUUCCAUUCGAUCAGCUAAAACGAGCCGUGUCCUCUAAUCUACCGUGCUUCUUCAUCGAAUUCGAACAAUCUAUUACUUCACAGCGGCCUCCAUCGGCAUUUGAAGCCAGAAAUGUUAUUGAAAAGCAUUUCAAAGAACAAAAAGUAAACAUUGAACACUUCUCAUUAGUAGGUUGGUCAAGUAAUCGUCUGAAGUUGGGAGUGAAUAACAAAGACGAUUACAUGGUGUUAUUAGCAACAAACAAAUGGCCAACGCAUGUUAAUAAUAUACCAAUUAGAAUUACCAAACCGAAAUAUAUUCCGGACUGCUUCGCUCUAGUAGUUCGGUACGUACCAAGUGACAUGGAACCGGAACUAGUAAAAGAAGAAAUUAAACGUACAAUUGCAUCAGCUGAUAAUAUAAAACAAAUACACUAUUCAUACGAACGAAAAUCCAACGAUUUCAAAUUCACUAUAAUGGACUUAAAUGAAUAUAAUACAGCUCUUGAACUUGGACGCAUCUCGAUUUGUAAUCGUUGGCUUACAAUCACUCCCUUUCUAACGGGAUACCGUAUGACAUUUUGCUCUA